UUACAGAAAUAUGAAUGGGGAGAUUUCCCAAUACAAUAUGAACCCAGAAAGGGAAACUUUGUUCCAGGAAUAUCUGGCAAAUCAAGGAACGGUAGUAAAGCCCUAUUAUUGGCUGACACUGAGCAAAAGCUGUGCCAAAUGCCCCUAUCAUAUACGGACAGGUGAAGAAGCAAGAGUCCCUUAUAUGGGAUUUCAUAAGGCCUUUGGAUUCCCAUAUGGGCUAAUGAGUCCUCAAAACAAACACCUUAUAUUCUAUGAACUGAGGAGCUUCUCUGGGACAUUAGUCCAAAAGGGCCAUGCAACCAACUGCAUUAAGUAUAACAUCCACCCAGAGUCCAUGUUAUUUGAGAUGGGCGGCUAUCUGGAUGCAGUUACAUAUGACUACGACAGCAUCGGGUACAUAAUUCUUUAUUCAAACUACUCUCCUUGUAAUGAAGCUGAGCACUGCUGCAUAAGCAAGAUCUACAACUUCUUGACAAAGUACCCAGACAUUACCCUCUGUAUUUAUUUCUCUCAGCUUUAUCACACUGAGGAUGAUUUCCCUGUGUCCAUAUGGAACUGUGAAGCUUUACGAAGCCUUGCCAGUUUGUGGCCUCAUGUGACUUUGAACCCAUUAUGUGGUGGGGUCUGGCAUUCCCUCCUUUGCAAUUUUGUGAGCGGUAUGCCAGAAGCAACCCUUUAUCAUCCAAUUUUACCUGCAAGAGCAUUAGCUGACCAACAAAAUUCACAUAAAAUUAACAACAUAACAGGAAUUAAAUCUUAUUUAAUGAAAGCAUCUCCUCAGGCAACAUAUGAAAAUCUAAAACCUCAGCAGAAUUUGCAGCAAUACUAUUUUGCUAACACACCCUCUCAGCAACCUUCACAAAUGAUGAAUGGCAGAUUGCCACCACUGAUGAGUCACAGCCAUUUGGUGCCUUUCACAAGCAAGUUUCUGCCUUUUGGGGGGCAACAUUUAUAUCCCAAACCUAAAAAUAUUGUAAGGCAUUUAAAGAUGCCUAAGGAAUUAUUUAAUGAUACCAAUCAUUCCCAAACCUUUUCUCAUGGAAGACCUGUUCAGGUGGUAGAAAUCACUGAACGACUUUUAAGUAGCAAGACCACAGAUCCCAAAGGGCAAAAAAAAAAGUAA